GUUUAUCUUGGCCUUUUCGGAGCCUACCUUGCUGCCUUGCCUCACGCCCUUCAUUUUCACCUUAAACGUCACUUAUCCCUUUCCCUUCUCUUAACCUCUCACUUCCUACAUUGCCGAUACUAUGGACGAUCGCCGCUCGAAACGCUCUCGUUUUGAUCAGACCGAGCCGGAAGUGCGACGCCCGUCGCGCUUCGACCGCCGCUCUCGGUCUCCCUCGUCGCGACAGUCCGAAUCGACUCGAGCUCGCAGCCCUCUCAGUCGUGAACCUCGGAGCCCUAGCGCAGACCCUGCGAAGAAGACCGAUCCCGCUGCCGCCGCUGCUGCCGCUGCGGCAAAGAUCAACGCCCAGUUGCAAGCGAAGAAGGGCAUUCAACAUGUCGACGUCCCUCCAAUUCGCUCGACCGCAAGCCCCGUACCAACAUCCGGCUCACCUGCCAGCGGCGACGCAUCUGGAAAGUUGAACGCAGAGAUCUACGUUGCUGAUGGAGACUAUAUCAAGGAUAUUGAGAUUAAUGACUUGCGCAACCGUUACACGCUGACCAAAGGCUCUACUCAGAAGAUGAUCAAAGAAGAAACUGGCGCCGAUGUCACUACGAGAGGAAACUAUUACCCGGAUAAGAGCAUGGCCACCGCCGCGAACCCCCCGCUCUAUCUCCACGUAACGAGCACAAACAAGGAAGGCCUUGAAAAGGCCGUCGCCUUGAUCGACGAUCUCAUGAAGAAAGAGCUCCCCAACCUGGUCGAUGAGCGCCGGUUCCGUCGUCGCGAACCCGAGCAAGUAGAGCGCGAUGAGUACGGUCGUCGCAAAUGGCCCGAGGAGCGCAUCCCUGUCGAUCUCGAACCGAUCCCUGGCUUCAACCUCCGCGCUCAGGUCGUCGGACAAGGCGGUGCCUACGUGAAGCACAUCCAGCAGAAGACUCGCUGCAAGGUUCAAAUUAAAGGCCGUGGCUCUGGUUUCAUGGAGCCCAGUACUGGCAGGGAAAGCGAUGAGCCAAUGUUCUUGCACGUAGCUGGUCCCGACCCGAAUGAUGUCCAGAGUGCAAAGGCCCUGUGUGAGGAUCUACUAGCCAAUGUUCGCGAGCAGUACCAGCGUUUCAAGGAGAACCCACCCCAGCACAGCUACGGCGGUUAUGGCGGCCAGCGCGGAGACCGCUAUCACUACGGCGGAGGUUACGGCGGUGGUGGUGGUGGCGGCGGCGGCGGAUAUGGUAGCAACCAUCACCAGAACUCGCCAUCUACCUCUGCUAGCCCGUCGACCCAAGCCGCAGGUGCUGCUGGCGGUUCGGGAACCGGAACUCCCGACUACAGCGCCCAGUAUGCUCAAUACUACGGAACCGACCCAUAUGCUGCCUACGGCGGUUACCAGAAUUACCUUGCCUACUACCAGUACUACCAGGCGGCUGCUCAGCAGCAGCAGCAACAGCAACAGCAACAGUCCCAGAGCCCCGCUCCGCCGCCGCCGCCUCCUGCCAGCGAGGCUCCCCCUCCUCCCCCUCCGGGAUCGGGCUCUCCGCCACCUCCUCCGCCCGGCGGUAGCUACAGUGCUGUCCCUCCCCCUCCAGGACUGUGAGGUGAUGCUUGGGAAGCUGCCAUAGCAGUAGCCCAAAGCAGAGAAUCAAAGAAGGCUAUGUUUAUUCACGAGUAUGAAACGGUGAUUCUAUGCAGGCUCAAUGGAUACCUGCCUGCCAGUGAGCCCCAUCGACGACCGAGCUGCCUCUAGGCUGUCUGUACCUUUAGUCCGUUCUUUCGUUCUUAUUCAACCGAGGUUUGGUCUGUGUUGCUAAAGUCUGUAGAGCAAAGCCGGAAAUCUGCGCUCAUUUCUGAAGCUAAAAGAAACUUUG